AUGUUCAGAACUGGGAAGCGACAGCUUUGGAAACAAAGUGUUACAAGAGUUUUAAAGCAAAAACUGAAAGAGGAGAAAGAAGCUAAGCGGGCUCAUCUGGAUGGUAGACAUGACUACAUACUGUCAAUUGUUUCUGCUUGUGUGAACCUAGAGAAAAAUGAAGUGGAAGAUGCUGUCCUUGAAGGAAAUCAGAUUGAGCGUAUUGAUCAAUUCUUCUCUGCUGGAGGUUUCCGCCAUGUCAUGUUUUAUUAUCAAGACAUGGAGGGACCAGAAAUAGGACAUGAAAGUUCAACCGGAACUAAUCCUGUUUCUGCUAAAGGCAAAAAGACCAAAUUAUUUGUGACCGAGGGAGAUGAUGUCGCUUUAACUGGUAUAUGGUUCUUCAUUAGAACUAAUCCUUCUAAAGCAAUUAAUGCUGACAAUAUUCAUCGUGAAGUAGUUUUCAACAUGAUGGACACGGCAAAUGGCGGUUUGCUAAACAGUGUCCAGCAUUUGCUUUCUGAUAUCUUCAUCCCAGCUUUGAAUACUAUGAACUAUGGAUGGGGGAUGAGCAGUUCCCAGAAAGGGGCUAACAUCAAGCAGGACUUCAUUGCAUCCCUGGAGGGAUUUGUCAGUGUCCUUUCAGGAGCUCAACAGAGCCUGAUGGAGAAGGUGGUCCUGAAGAAGUGUGAAACCUAUGAUCUGGAAACGUUAAAAGGACCAGCUGAUUUUCUGGUGGCAGCAAAUAGCAUGGAGACUGUGGAACGAAUAGAAGCUUGCAUGAAAGUGUGGAUUAAGCAAAUUGAACAGGUUAUUGCUGAAAAUAACCAGCUACGGAAAGAAGCAGAUGACCUUGGACCACGAGCUGAGCUGGAUCACUGGAAGAAGAGGCUAUCCAAAUUUAACUACCUACUGGAUCAGCUCAAGACUUCAGAUGUAAAGGCUGUGCUUGGUGUGCUUACAGUUGCUAAAUCAAAACACCUGAAGAAUUGGCGAGAACUGGAUACCCGGAUCACUGACGCAACAAACGAAGCCAAAGACAACGUGAAGUAUCUGUAUACCCUCGAAAAAUGCUGUGACCCGCUGUAUAACUCUGAUCCCGUGAUCAUGGUAGAUGCUAUUCCAGGCCUCAUUCAUGCUAAAAUGAUCCACAGCAUCUCACGCUAUUAUAACACUUCCGAGAAGAUAACUUCCCUCUUUGUAAAGGUUACAAAUCAAAUGAUAACAGCCUGCAAAGCUUAUAUUACUAAUAACACUUCAACCAUUUGGGAUCAACUGCAAGAUGUAGUUUUGGAAAAAAUACAAGCUGCUAUAAGACUUAAGCAGGAAUACCAAAACUGUUUUCACAAGACCAAACAGAAAUUGGAAGAGAAUCCAGCUGAACGGCAGUUUGAUUUUAGUGAAAUUAUAUUUGGAAAAUUUGAAACUUUCCAUCGCCGCCUACUUAAAAUUAUACAUAUCUUUGAUACCAUCACAACUUACUCAGUCUUACAAGACUCGAAGAUGGAAGGAUUAGAAGUAAUGGCAACUAAGUAUCAGAGUAUUGUUGCCAAUAAAAAAAAACAGUACAAUUUCAUAGAUCAGAGGAAAACCGAUUUUGACCAGGACUAUGAAGAGUUUUGCAAGCAAACAAAUGAACUACAUCAACAAUUACAGAUGUUUAUGGAUACGACUUUUGAAAAGAUUUUGAACACUGAAAGAGCGCUUGACACGCUGAAGAAAUUUGAAAGACUUGGAAUCCCUAAUCUUGGCAUUGCUAAUAAAUAUCAGAUAAUUCUGCAAAACUAUGAUCGUGACAUUGAGAUGGUCACUAGGCUGUAUUCAAAACACAAGAAUGAUCCUCCUCUGGCUCGUAAUCUUCCUCCCAUGGCUGGUAAGAUCUUGUGGGCACGACAGCUAUUUCACCGAAUCCAGGAACCUAUGAAUCUAUUCCAAAAACAUUCCACAGUUCUGCAGACAGAAAAAGCGAAGCCUAUAAUUCGCAACUACAACAGAGUGGCUAAAGUCCUUCUUGAGUUUGAAAUCGUCUAUCACAGAGGAUGGCUUCAACAGGUUGAGCUAAUUAAAGCAGGACUUCAAGCAUCAUUAUUGGUGAAAGCUCCAGAGACUGGAGAAAUAUUUGUGAAUUUUGAUCCUGAGAUUCUCACCUUAAUCAGGGAAGCAAAAUGCAUGACACGCAUGGGGCUAGAAAUCCCACCACUGGCCAUUGCUAUUCAAGACAAACAGGAUGCUUACAAACGAAAUUUCAAUAAACUACAGAUGAUGCUGGCAGAAUAUAAGAGAGUAAAAUCAAAAAUCCAAGUCCCACUUCAUGCUCUAAUGGCUCCUCAUUUGGCUAAAGUGGAUGAGUCGAUCCAACCAGGAAUAACUGCACUGACCUGGACAUCCCUGAAUAUUGAAACCUAUUUGGAGAAUAUUUUCAGUAAACUUAAUAACCUUGAGCUGUUACUUGAUCGAGUAAAUGACUUAAUAGAAUUUCGUAUUAGCGAUGUCCUUCAAGAAAUCAGUACUGUGCCCCUCUGCAGUCUUCCUGAAGAUGACCCACUCACCUGCGAGCAGUUCCUUAACAUGACGAAGGAGCUCUGUACCAAAGGAGUUUACACACUGCAUCUCAAAAGCUCAUUAGCAGAAGAAGCAACAAAUGAGCUUAUCAACAUGUUGCUAGAUCUGGAUGCUCAGCAUAAGGGAGAUGCUGGUGAGAGUUUUCUGAGUGGAAGCAAAACUGAAGGAAUUAAUGAAGAAAAAAAGAAAGAAAUGGAGAUGCUCGAAGAAGAAGCUCAGGAACUGCUUUCCCAUUUCAGUCAUCGCAAUGUUGAUGCUCUUCUGAAAGUUAUUCGUAACACUCUGGAGGCCACACGCAAGCAAAUUCAGGCCUCUUCUGUGAUCAGAGUUUUAGAUAGUGAGAAUAUCUCAAAGCAGAAACGAAAUUCUGCGCCCAUCUUUAAAGCUAGUGUUAUCCUUUCCAUUCCGAAUUUCGCUAUAAUGCCAACCCUCGAAGAAAUUCAGCAAACACUCAACAAAGCUGUGGAUUGUAUUGUAAGCACCAUGAAAGGAGUUGGUCAAUGGAGCAAGGAGAGGCUAUCAAAGAAAAAAUUGUUAGAACGCAAAAUGCUUGCUUUACGAAACGAGGGAGGCAGUGAUUCUGAGACUGAAAUGAAGGAGGCUGACCUUGGAAACCAGGAUGCAGCUUCUGAUACAGCCUCAAUGAUCUUGCCCUCUCCUAUCCAGAAAAAGAACUACUACAAAGCCAUUUCAGAGAACAAAGAAAUAAUUAAAUUGGUGUCUGUGCUUAGUACAGUUAUCAGUUCUACCAAAAGGGAAGUUGUCUCAGCUUUGGAGCGUUUCAAAUGUUACCAUCACAUCUGGCAGAGAGAGAAGGAAGAAACCAUUGAAACUUUCAUCAAAGGAAGCCCUUUGCUGUCUGAUUUUGAAUCCCAAAUCCUUUAUUACCGAGACUUAGAAUUAAAAAUUAAUUCAGAAUCCGAGUACCUAUGCGUGGGAACUGUUGCACUCUAUACUGCGGAUUUAAAGUUGGCCCUUACAACUGAAACCAAAGCUUGGAUGACUGCGUUUGGACGCCACUGUAAUAAGAAAUACAGGACCGAGAUGGAAAACAUCUUCACCUUUGUAGAGGAAAUCAGCAAGAAACUGAACCGUCAGAUUAAAGACUUGGAUGACAUAAGAAUAGCCAUGGCUGCCUUGAAAGAGAUUCGAGAGCAACAAAUCUGUGUAGACUUCCAAGUGGGGCCAGUUGAGGGAUCUUAUGCAAUGUUAAACAAGUAUGAGUUAUUGGUGGCAAAGGAGCAGAUUGAAAAAGUAGACACUCUUUCUCUUCGGUAUACCUGAGAAAUGUUGGUCCAAGGAAAUGAAGUCCAGAAUGAAUUAGUGGCUUUGCAGCCCAAAUUCAGAGGGGAACUAAUCAGCACAGUGGAAGUGUUUGUUGAAGACUGUGAUCAAUAUUACUUGAUUAUGAAAGGUACAAAAUACUACCGUACAAAUGGUCCCAUGGUAGAUGGACUUGAACCUCAAGAAGCUAGUGACAGGCUUAUAAUUUUCCAGAACCGAUUUGACAACCUUUUCCGGAAAUACAUUACUUACACGGGAGGUGAAGAGCUUUUUGGUUUGCCUGUCACUCAGUACCCUCAACUCCUUGAGAUAAAAAAGCAGCUGAACCUGUUGCAGAAGCUGUAUGGCCUGUACAACAAUGUCAUUGAUACAGUGAAUGGCUACCAUGAUAUCCUCUGGUCAGAAGUGAACAUUGAAAAGAUUAAUAAUGAACUCCUUGAGUUUCAAAACAGAUGCCGUAAGCUACCGCGAGCAUUGAAGGAAUGGCAGGCAUUUCUGGAUCUUAAGAAAACCAUCGAUGACUUCAGUGAAUGUUGUCCUUUGCUUGAGUUGAUGUCCAACAAAGCCAUGAUGCCCCGUCACUGGAAACGCCUCACCGAUCUCACUGCCCAUAAUUUUGAUGUUGAGAAUGAAACUUUCAAAAUGAGAAAUAUUAUGGAAGCGCCCUUGCUGAAAUACAAAGAAGAGAUAGAGGACAUCUGCAUCAGUGCCAUGAAGGAGCGGGACAUUGAACAGAAGCUCAAACAAGUGAUUGCUGAAUGGGACAAUAAAACAUUUACUUUUGCUAAUUUUAAAACCCGCGGAGAACUUCUCUUGAGGGGAGACAGCACUUCUGAAAUUAUUGCAAGUAUGGAGGACAGCUUGAUGAUUCUGGGCUCCCUAAUGAGCAAUAGAUAUAACUCACCAUUCAAGGCUCAGAUACAAAAAUGGGUGCAAUCUCUUUCGAACACAACUGAUAUUAUUGAGAACUGGAUGAUGGUGCAGAAUUUAUGGAUAUAUUUAGAAGCUGUGUUUGUUGGUGGAGAUAUUGCCAAACAGCUUCCAAAGGAAGCCAAGCGUUUCUCUAAUGACAAAUCCUGGGUAAAGAUAAUGACUCGAGCCCAUGAAAUACCAAAUGUUGUCCAUUGUUGUGUUGGGGAUGAAACCAUGGCAUUAUUGCCUCAUUUAUUGGAGCAGCUGGAAAUGUGUCAAAAAUCUCUCACAGGUUACCUGGAGAAAAAGAGGCUCUCAUUUCCUCGUUUCUUCUUUGUGUCAGAUCCUGCCCUCCUGGAGAUCCUAGGCCAAGCUUCAGACUCACACACAAUACAGGCUCACUUGCUAAAUGUUUUUGACAACAUCAAAACUGUUAAAUUCCAUGAUAAGGUAUAUGACCGGAUCCUUUCCAUUUCGUCUCGGGAAGGUGAGACAAUUGAAUUAGAAAAACCUGUUAUGGCAGAUGGCAAUGUGGAAGUUUGGCUCAAUUUACUUCUAAAGGAGUCCCAAUCCUCUUUGCACCUUGUGAUUCGACAAGCAGCUGCAAACAUUCAAGAAGCAGAUUUCCAAUUAAUUGAGUUUCUUAAUACCUUCCCUGCCCAGGUUGGUUUGCUGGGUAUUCAAAUGAUCUGGACACGAGAAGCAGAGGAGGCUUUGACCAAUGCAAAAUACGACAAAAAAGUGAUGCAGAAAACGAAUCAAUUUUUCUUAGAACUCUUGAAUACCCUGAUCGACAUGACUACCAAAGAUCUGAGUUCUGUGGAACGCAUUAAAUAUGAGACACUGAUCACAAUUCAUGUGCACCAAAGAGACAUAUUUGAUGAUCUGUGCCGCAUGCAUAUCAAGAGCCCUACAGAUUUCGAGUGGCUGAAACAAUGCAGAUUUUAUUUCAAAGACGAUGCCGAUAAAAUGAUGGUGAAUAUCACAGAUGUGGCCUUCAUAUAUCAAAAUGAAUUCCUGGGCUGUACAGACCGUCUUGUCAUCACACCUCUCACAGACAGGUGUUACAUCACUUUGGCUCAAGCAUUAGGGAUGAGCAUGGGAGGAGCACCGGCAGGUCCUGCAGGAACUGGCAAAACAGAAACAACAAAAGAUAUGGGAAGGUGCCUUGGAAAAUACGUUGUGGUUUUCAAUUGUUCUGACCAGAUGGAUUUUCGAGGGCUGGGAAGAAUUUUCAAAGGGCUUGCUCAGUCUGGAUCCUGGGGCUGCUUUGAUGAAUUUAACCGCAUUGAUUUGCCAGUGCUGUCUGUGGCAGCCCAGCAAAUUGCGAUUGUUUUGACUUGUAAGAAAGAGCGCAAGAAGAACUUCAUUUUCACCGAUGGCGAUAAUGUAGAAAUGAAUCCUGAAUUCGGCCUUUUUUUGACAAUGAAUCCUGGGUAUGCUGGUCGUCAAGAGUUACCCGAAAACCUGAAAAUUAACUUCCGCUCAGUGGCAAUGAUGGUUCCUGAUCGCCAGAUCAUCAUCCGUGUCAAAUUGGCUAGUUGUGGCUUCAUUGAUAACAUUGUGCUUGCAAGGAAGUUCUUCACUCUGUAUAAACUCUGUGAAGAACAAUUGUCUAAGCAGGUACAUUAUGACUUUGGUCUGAGAAAUAUAUUGUCAGUAUUACGAACCUUGGGGGCAGCCAAAAGAUCAAACCCCAGUGACACUGAAUCCACGAUUGUCAUGCGUGUCUUGAGAGAUAUGAAUCUUUCUAAAUUGAUAGAUGAAGAUGAACCCUUAUUUUUGAGUUUGAUAGAAGAUCUUUUCCCAAGUAUACAACUUGACAAGGCAGGAUAUCCAGAGCUAGAAGCUGCCAUCAGCAAACAGGUUGAAGAGGCUGGCUUAAUUAAUCACCCACCUUGGAGGCUGAAAAUUAUCCAGCUUUUUGAAACGCAACGAGUAAGACAUGGCAUGAUGGCUCUAGGUCCUAGUGGAGCAGGAAAAACAACAUGCAUUCACACUCUGAUGAAAUCCAUGACAGAUUGUGGCCAACCCCACCGUGAAAUGAGAAUGAAUCCAAAGGCCAUUACUGCACCUCAGAUGUUUGGACGCCUUGAUGUUGCAACCAAUGACUGGACAGAUGGGAUAUUCUCCACUCUUUGGAGGAAAACUUUAAAGGCCAAGAAGGGGGAACACAUCUGGAUUGUCCUCGAUGGCCCUGUUGAUGCCAUUUGGAUUGAAAAUCUGAACUCGGUGCUUGAUGAUAACAAAACAUUGACCCUGGCUAAUGGAGAUCGGAUCCCCAUGGCACCAAACUGUAAAAUUGUUUUUGAGCCUCAUAAUAUUGACAACGCUUCUCCGGCAACAGUGUCAAGGAACGGCAUGGUAUUUAUGAGCUCAUCUGUUCUCAACUGGAGCCCUGUUCUUGAGGGUUUUCUGAAGAAGCGUUCUUCACAAGAAGCAGAUAUUUUGCGCGAACUGUACACCGCAUCCUUUCCUGAGCUUUACCGGUUUAGUAUUCAGUCCUUGGAAUACAAGAUUGAGAUGCUAGAAGCCUUUGUGAUCAUGCAGAGUAUUAAUAUGCUUCGGGGCCUUAUUCCCUGCAAGGACCAAGGGGUGGAAAUCACUGCAGAAUACCUGGAAAGAUUGUACAUAUUCUCCCUGAUGUGGAGUGUUGGGGCAUUGCUGGAAUUGGAAGACCGUUGGAAGUUGGAGCACUGGCUUCGUAGUCAUGAAACUAUCAACCUUGAUCUUCCUAAUAUUCCAGAAGGAAGUGAAGACACGAUGUUCGAUUACUAUGUUACCAAUGAUGGUAAUUGGAUGCACUGGAAUACUCGUGUUGAAGAAUAUGUGUAUCCUACUAACAGUACUCCGGAAUAUGGGUCUAUUUUGGUUCCAAAUGUUGACAACGUGAGAACUGAUUUCCUUAUUCAUACAAUUGCAAAACAAGGCAAGGCUGUUCUGCUAAUUGGUGAACAAGGGACUGCUAAGACUGUCAUCAUCAAAGGAUACAUGUCAAAAUAUAAUCCUGAAAAUCACAUGACUAAGAGCCUUAACUUUUCAUCAGCAACCACUCCUUUCAUGUUUCAGCGCACAAUAGAAAGCUAUGUGGACAAGCGCAUGGGCACAACAUACGGUCCUCCAGCAGGAAAGAAAAUGACAGUUUUCAUAGAUGAUGUGAAUAUGCCUGUAAUCAAUGAAUGGGGAGAUCAGGUCACUAAUGAGAUUGUUAGGCAACUGACGGAGCAAAAUGGGUUUUAUAAUUUGGAGAAGCCUGGAGAGUUCACCAACAUUGUCGACAUCCAGUUUUUGGCUGCCAUGAUACACCCUGGUGGGGGACGAAAUGACAUCCCUCAGAGACUGAAGAGACAGUUUUCUGUGUUUAAUUGCACCUUGCCUUCUAACCCAUCCAUUGACAAGAUUUUUGGUGUGAUUGGCACAGGGCAUUAUUGUAGCCAAAGAGGCUUUUUGGAAGACGUGAGAGCAACAGUUGCUAAGUUGGUCCCAUUGACCCGGCGGUUGUGGCAAAUGACCAAGAUCAAAAUGUUGCCAACUCCGGCCAAAUUCCAUUAUGUGUUUAAUCUCCGGGAUCUUUCCAGGAUCUGGCAAGGGAUGCUUAAUACAAUUUCAGAAGUAAUCAAUGAUUCCAAUGUGCUCAUUAAGCUAUGGAAGCAUGAAUGUAAGCGUGUGAUCGCCGAUCGUUUCACAACUCUGGAGGACGUGGAGUGGUUUGAUCUGGCACUGGCAAAGCUAAUUGAAGGGGAACUUGGUAGUGAUAAGGCAGCCCUGGUGGCUCUCAACAAGGAAGCUUUCUUUGUUGAUUUCUUAAGAGAUGCACCUGAAGCAACAGGAGACGAACCGGAGGAAGCAGAAACUGACAUGCCUAAAAUAUAUGAACCCAUUGAAUCUUUCGGCACCCUGAAGGACCGUUUGAACAUGUUUUUGCAAAUAUAUAAUGAGAGUAUCCGUGGGGCAGGAAUGGAUUUGGUGUUUUUUAACGAUGCUAUGAUUCACUUAAUAAAGAUCUCUCGUGUGAUCCGCACUCCCCGAGGAAAUGCCCUACUUGUUGGAGUUGGGGGAUCUGGAAAGCAAAUCUUGACAAAACUGGCAUCAUUCAUUGCAGGCUAUGAUAUGUUCCAGAUCACAUUAACAAGAUCCUACAAUGCAUCUAAUUUGAUGGAAGACUUGAAACAUCUGUAUAAGACUGCUGGGCAGCAAGGGAAAGGAAUCAGUUUCAUUUUUUCAGAUAAUGAAAUAAAAGAUGAAGCUUUCCUGGAGUAUAUGAACAAUGUUCUAUCAUCAGGAGAAGUUUCCAACCUGUUUGCGCGUGAUGAAAUCGAUGAAAUCAUUGGUGAUCUCGUUCCACUCAUGAAGAGGGAGCAUCCACGCCGUCCUCCCACCAAUGAGAAUGUAUAUGAUUACUUCAUGACUAGAGUUCGCCAGAACUUGCAUGUGGUUCUUUGUUUUUCACCAGUGGGUGAAAAAUUCCGAAACAGAGCUUUGAAGUUCCCUGCACUCAUUUCUGGUUGCACUAUAGACUGGUUUAGCCGCUGGCCCAAAGAUGCGCUAGUUGCAGUAUCGGAGCAUUUCUUGUCAUCGUACGAAAUUGACUGCACUGAAGAUAUCAAAAAACAGAUGGUGCAGUGUAUGGGCUCCUUCCAAGAUGGAGUUGCUGAAAAAUGUGUUGAAUAUUUUCAAAGAUAUCGUCGGUCCACCCACGUGACUCCCAAGUCUUAUUUGUCCUUUAUUCAAGGAUAUAAAGCUAUAUACAAAGAAAAACAUGCUGAGGUACAGACCUUAGCCCACAGAAUGAAUACUGGACUGGAGAAACUGAAAGAGGCUUCUGAAUCUGUGGCAGCUUUGAGUAAAGAGCUGGAAGCCAAAGAGAAAGAACUUAAGAUUGCCAAUGAAAAAGCUGAUAUGGUGUUAAAAGAAGUCACAGUGACAGCUCAGGCUGCUGAAAAGGUGAAAGCCGAAGUUCAGAAAGUGAAGGACAUAGCCCAGGCUAUCGUGGACAGCAUUUCAGCAGACAAGGCUAUUGCCGAGGGAAAAUUAGAGGCUGCGAAACCUGCGUUGGAAGAGGCUGAAGCGGCUUUACAGACAAUCAAACCGGCAGACAUUGCGACCGUCCGUACGCUGGGUCGGCCACCUCACCUUAUCAUGCGUAUCAUGGACUGUGUGUUGCUGCUAUUCCAGAAGAAAGUAAAUGCCACUAAGAUAGACCUGGAGAGAAACUGCAUUAUGCCAUCGUGGCAGGAGUCCUUGAAACUGAUGACAGCAGGAAACUUCUUACAGAACUUGCAGCAAUUUCCAAAAGAUACAAUUAAUGAAGAAGCAGUGGAGCUCUUGAGUCCUUAUUUUGAAAUGGCAGAUUACAAUAUUGAGACAGCUAAGAGAGUUUGUGGAAAUGUGGCCGGCCUUUGCUCAUGGACCAAAGCAAUGUCUGCCUUCUUUGCUAUAAAUAAGGAAGUUCUACCUUUAAAGGCAAAUCUGGCCAUCCAGCAGAAUCGCCUGACUACUGCCAAUUUAGAUCUUCAGAAAGCCCAAGUUGAAUUGGAUGCCAAGCAAGCUGAGCUGGAUAUUGUGCAGGCUCAAUACGAAAAGGCCACAUUGGAGAAACAGACAUUGCUUGAAGAUGCAGAACGCUGCAGGCAUAAAAUGCAAACUGCUUCCAGUCUUAUUAGUGGGUUGGCUGGUGAAAAAGAGAGAUGGACUGAACAAAGUAAAGAGUUUGCAGCCCAGACAGAAAGGCUUGUGGGGGAUGUACUCCUGGCCACAGCCUUUCUGUCCUAUUCUGGUCCUUUCAAUCAAGAGUUCCGUAAUCUUUUGUUAACCAGUUGGCAAAAAGAAAUGAACACUCGGAAAAUCCCAUUUGGGAACAAUCUCAAUCUCACAGAGAUGCUGAUUGAUGCGCCAACCGUCAGUGAAUGGAACCUUCAAGGGCUGCCAAACGAUGACCUGUCAAUCCAGAAUGGCAUCAUUGUCACGAAGGCGGCUCGUUACCCUCUGCUGAUUGAUCCACAAACUCAGGGCAAGAUUUGGAUUAAGAACAAAGAAACUCGGAAUGAGCUGCAGAUCACUUCUCUGAAUCACAAAUAUUUUAGAAACCACUUGGAGGAUAGUCUCUCUCUUGGAAGGCCAUUGUUGAUCGAAGAUGUUGGUGAGGAGUUGGAUCCGGCUUUGGACCACGUAUUGGAAAAAAACUUCAUCAAAACAGGUUCUACAUAUAAAGUAAAAGUUGGAGAUAAAGAAAUGGAUGUGAUGAAUGGCUUCAGACUUUAUAUCACCACCAAGCUUCCAAAUCCAGCCUAUACCCCUGAGAUUAGUGCUCGUACCUCAAUAAUUGAUUUUACUGUCACCAUGAAAGGACUAGAAGAUCAGCUUCUAGGGAGAGUCAUUCUAACAGAGAAACAGGAGUUGGAGAAAGAGCGAACCGAUCUUAUAGAAGACGUGACAGCUAACAAAAGGAAGAUGAAAGAACUGGAAGACAAUUUGCUGUAUCGACUGACGAGCACGCAAGGCUCUCUGGUGGAAGACGAGAGUCUCAUCAUUGUACUUAGUAACACGAAAAGAACAUCAGAAGAGGUGACCCAGAAACUCCAAACCUCAGUUGAGACUGAAGUGCAGAUUAACUCAGCUCGGGAGGAAUACAGGCCAGUUGCUACCAGAGGCAGCAUUCUCUAUUUUCUGAUAACGGAGAUGAGCAUGGUAAAUGUCAUGUAUCAAACGUCACUUCGGCAGUUUUUGGGCCUCUUUGAUCUUUCACUUGCCAGGUCUGUCAAGAGCCCAAUUACAAGCAAAAGGAUAGCAAAUAUCAUUGAGCAUAUGACCUAUGAAGUGUAUAAAUACGCCGCGCGAGGGCUUUACGAGGAGCAUAAGUUUCUGUUCACGUUGCUGCUUACCUUGAAGAUUGAUUUACAGUGCGGAAAAGUCAAACACGAGGAGUUCCUAACUCUGAUUAAAGGUGGUGCUUCUUUGGAUCUGAAAGCUUGUCCUUCUAAGCCAGCUAAAUGGAUUCUGGAUAUGACUUGGUUGAAUUUGGUGGAACUCAGUAAGCUGAGACAAUUUUCGGAUGUUCUGGGUCAAAUCUCACAGACAGAAAAACAGUGGAAAAUUUGGUUUGAUAAGGAAAAUCCAGAAGAAGAACUUGUUCCAAGUGGCUAUGGCCAAGCUCUGGACUGCUUCAGGCAUCUCCUCCUUAUUAGGUCCUGGUGUCCUGACAGAACCAUUGCUCAGGCUAGGAAGUACAUUAUGGAUACCAUGGGAGAAAAAUAUGCGGAAGGAGUCAUUUUAGAUUUGGAGAAGACUUGGGAAGAAUCCGAUCCACGCACACCUCUCAUCUGUUUCCUGUCAAUGGGCUCUGAUCCAACUGAUUCAAUCAUUGCUUUGGGGAAAAGGUUGAAAAUCGAGACACGUUGCGUUUCCAUGGGUCAGGGGCAAGAAGUCCAUGCGCGUAAACUCUUGCAACAAACUAUGGCUUAUGGUGGAUGGGCCCUCUUGCAGAACUGCCACUUGGGUCUUGACUUUAUGGAUGAGCUGAUGGAUACUAUUGUGGAAACAGAGAUCGUUCAUGAGGCCUUUCGCUUGUGGAUGACUACAGAGGUCCACAAACAAUUUCCUAUUACCUUGCUACAGAUGUCUAUAAAAUUCACUAAUGAACCUCCUCAGGGACUUAAAGCUGGCCUAAAGAGAACAUAUGGAGGUGUGAAUCAAGAUCUCUUGGACAUCAGCAAUAUGGUACAAUGGAAGCCAAUGUUGUAUGCUGUAGCCUUUCUUCACUCCACUGUUCAAGAGAGAAGGAAAUUUGGACCUCUGGGAUGGAAUAUUCCUUAUGAAUUCAACCAAGCCGAUUUCAAUGCCACAGUACAGUUUGUUCAGAACCACUUGGAUGACAUGGACAUCAAAAAGGGUGUUUCCUGGAACACUGUUCGUUAUAUGAUUGGAGAAAUUCAGUAUGGUGGAAGGGUUACAGAUGACUAUGACAAAAGGCUCCUUAACACAUUUGCUAAAGUGUGGUUCAGUGAAAACAUGUUCAGCCAAGACUUUUCAUUUUACAAAGGAUACAAUAUACCCAAGUGUACUGCAGUGGAUCAGUACCUGCACUACAUACAGGGCUUGCCUGCUUAUGAUACUCCAGAAGUCUUUGGCCUGCAUCCCAAUGCUGAUAUUACGUACCAGAGCAAACUGGCAAAAGAUGUGCUAGAUACCAUCCUCAGCAUCCAGCCCAAAGAUAGCUCUAGCGGAAGUGGAGAAACACGAGAGGUUGUAGUGGCCAGGCUAGCGGAUGAUAUGCUGGAGAAGCUACCUGCAGAUUACGUGCCUUUUGAAGUAAAGGAAAGGCUUCAGCAAAUGGGACCAUUCCAGCCGAUGAACAUCUUUCUGCGACAGGAAAUUGACAGGAUGCAAAGGAUUAUUGCUCUGGUGCGAAACACUUUGACAGAUCUUAAACUGGCCAUUGAUGGAACCAUAAUCAUGAAUGAGAAUCUCAGGGAUGCUCUGGAUUGUAUGUAUGAUGCACGGAUUCCAGAGCGCUGGAGAAAGGCAUCUUGGGCUUCUAGCACCCUGGGUUUUUGGUUUACUGAACUUCUGGAAAGAAACCGGCAAUUUCAUUCUUGGAUUUUUGAGAAACGACCAAAUUGCUUUUGGAUGACAGGAUUCUUCAAUCCCCAGGGCUUUUUAACUGCAAUGAGACAGGAAAUAACAAGAGCAAACAAGGGAUGGGCCCUUGACAGUGUAGUUCUGUGCAGUGAGGUCACAAAGUGGAUGAACGACGACGUCUCAACUCCUCCUCCUGAAGGGGUCUAUGUAUAUGGCCUCUACCUAGAAGGAGCUGGAUGGGACAAAAGGAACAUGAAACUCAUUGAAUCUAAACCCAAGGUGCUCUUUGAACCAAUGCCCGUGAUAAGAAUAUAUGCAGAAAACAACACCUCAAAAGAUCCACGCCUGUACUCAUGUCCAAUCUACAAAAAACCACUUCGGACAGAUCUGAAUUACAUUGCUGCAGUUGACCUACGGACGACCCAACCAUCUGAACAUUGGAUAUUACGUGGCGUUGCCUUAUUAUGUGAUGUCAAGUAA